GUCUGUCGGUAGCAUAUACUUCCGGCUUCCUUGACGGCUCUGAAGUCUGAGCGAGUUGUUGCUGAAUCGGCAGGUGGGAACAUUUCUAUGUGGAGAGACGUUAAUAGCUCAAGGUCUCUCCUUGUCAAGCUGUUCCUCUGAUCUGCUCCGAAACCUAGGGUUUUAGAGGAUUACGCGGACUCCAUUCUUGAGCAGUCGAUGGAGCCUGUUGGGAAAUCCGAAGAAACCCCUUCACAUAAGAGAGCUGGAACUGUCAACUGGGGCAAAGCAACUGUUAUCGGAUUGUUUGCAGGCCUUUUGUACGGAGGCAGCAAGGAGGCUUCUGCUUCUGUUAGCAAGGAUGCAGAAGUGAUGCUGAAGCUUGGAAGCACGCCGGACAAGCGGGAGCAGUAUCGACUGAUGAGAGACGCCAUGGAGAAGAGAUUCAUCCGGGUUGCACGAGGCUCCAUUGUAGGAGGAGUACACCUUGGAAUGUUCACGGGAGCAUUUUGUGGUCUACAAAAUCUGCUGGCAGAGAAGCGAGGAGUUCGCGAUGUUCUCAAUAUUGCUGGAGCCGGUUCAGCAACUGCUGCAGCAUUUAGUCUACUCUUACCGGGAUCGUUCAUGUGGCGCAUGAGAAAUGUGGCUCUAGGCUCAGCCUUUGGAGCUGCAGUAUGCUUCCCUCUUGGUUGGCUCCAGUUGAAGCUCGAGGAAAAAGCGAACAAAGGGAAUUCUGCCAUUCGCCAAGGAUCUGAUCAACAGGAAGGUUCGAGGAGUGGUGUCGGUGCUGCAAUAGACCGGCUCAAGGGGCACAUGAGUAAAUAAUGUACUCAUGUGGAAUUGCUUAAUUGACUCCGAAGGAAAUCCAGUGUCGUGCAAGUGGAAAAUAAGAGCAAGAUAGGGAAAUCAGCAAGCCUUAUGAGAAGGCUGUUUCUUUGUCGAGAUCUCCUAAGUAGAGCCAGAAAGAUGUUUGCAUUGCCGAUUUUCCAAUAUUUGGUUGUUUAUGAUAGAUUUGUGAAUCUAAGGGAGAAGUUUUGAUGAUAAGUUCAUCAUAGUCUGAGGUUAGACCCAGCCUUGUAGCUUAGACUCGUGUUGAAUAAUGAUUGCAAGAGUAAGCAAUAUAAAACUGUUGCAAUA